GUCACCUGCAAUAUCCUUUUUAAUAUUAUCUGCUGCUACAUUUUAGUUUGCAAAAAUAAACAUUUUCUUUCGUAUAAUCCUGUUUUGCAAAAUCAGUCAAGCUGGCGUCGUUAAAGCAAAGAAAUAACAACAAUACUAUAAGCAAUUAUAAUAACAAUAUAAUGUGGAGUAGUACAAUAUCGCCAACAAACUCUAAGAAACUAUUAAUCGGAAGCACACGAAGCGUUGAUUAUGUCGGUGAUAGUGCAAGGACAACAGCAGCCAAUAACAAAACAGGAGCAGCAGCAGCAGCAGGAGCCAAAGGAUCUAAAGCGAAAGCCACCGCACUUGCCACCACAGCCGCCACGAACACAACAACCAAGAUCUCAAUUGAAAUGGAGCUUCAUAUACAGAAUAAGUGCAUUUCGGCAUAGCGCAUCACUCUGGAGGGUGGUGCGGAGCCGCCAUGGCUGCAGGGCCCCCUUAAAGCCGCAUUUUUGGGGGCUACUGGCGUCGGCAAAACAAGCAUAUUACAGCAAUUUUUCUACCAUGACUUUCCCAAGACUCAUCAGACGACAACACGUCGGAAGAUUUAUAAAAACUGUCUGGUCUGCGACACCUGCAUACGUGAGCUGAUGGUACUGGACGUUCCACCCCAGAAGCGUUUUCCGGCUGACAACUUCGCCGAAUGGAACAACGGCCAUCCGCUGGGGCUGCGAACGGUGCACGCCUAUGUCCUGGUCUAUGACAUGGGCAAUUUGGAAACAUUUCAGUACUGCCGCUCGAUGAGAGAUCAAAUCUUGGACAGUUUCAGUCAUCGUGAUUUUAGCAUAAUUGUGGUUGGCAAUAAAUUUGACAAUGUGACUGAGGCGCAGGCCAACUCGCAGGAGCUCAAGGAUAUUUCCACGCUGGUGCGCAAACAUUGGCGCUGUGGCUACGUCGAGUGCUCGGCGCAAUAUAACUACAAAAUCGGCGAUGUAUUCCGUGAGCUAAUGGGCUGCACCAGUUCGGGAGGCGGCGCCGCCGGAGGAGGUGUCGCCGGAGGUGGUGGCCUGGUUGGCACUGAGUACUCACAAUCAACUAGGAAUAAAGGACGCUGUACAAUACUUUAGCAAAUGUUGCAUAAGUUUUUUAAGCAAACGUUUUGAUCUGGCGCAUUAUAUCCGAGGGACUUCCCCAAUGCAGCAGCUGCUGGUGUUGGCUAGGUGGCGUAUACGAAAUCUGGUACGCCAACGUGGCGUAUACGCAAUCUUCUUGAAGGAAACACAACAGAAUCAACGGUUCCCCCAUCGCCAACGACGCUAGCAGAUGCAUAUAUUAGCAUACAUUUUUAGUGGCCAAACUCCCAGGACAUCCGCACUCCAACCCCACCCAUUCCCAGCUUCUUUUGUUUGCUAUUAUUACAACAUUUUGCUGGCUGCUUUUAUGGGUGCUUUUUGUCGGGCAGCUGGGCGCUCAUUUAAAUGGCAGCGGGACUGCCAAACGGGGGAUGCAUUUAACCAACAGCCACUGCAUUCCCGUCCAGUCCGAGAUCCCGGCAUCCUUGCUGACAACUUUUGUGCAUCCGCAUUUGCAAUUCAAUGCCCGUAAGAUGGCAGGAAGUGCAGCUGCCAUGAAUAUGCAACGAUAGCCCCAAAGUGCAGCAACAAUUGCCGAUGCAAAAGUUUGAUUUCUUUAUUAUUAUUGUAUAUUUGUGGCUAUUAUUUCUGUCGUGAAACGUAAAUAGGCAAUUAAUCCCACCAUAAUUUACAAUACAUUUUAUGUACGAUCGAAUAACCUUGUUAUUAUUAAGUAAUUAAGUAGUAAACCUAAGCUAUACACAAAUAUGUAAACAUACUUUAACGUUGUGAUCAUUUCAAGAAUUAGUUGUUAAGCCAAAGCAACAAAAUGUCAGUUAAUGUCAAGUAAUGUCAAGUCUCCGAAACUGAAUUAAGAAAGUACGUAAUCUUAGGACAACAUAGGACUAAGAGCAAAUUUAUAAAUACCCAUAAGUAUUUUAGAAAAUUGUCGAAAGAGUUACAAUCAUGCCAUCAAAAAGCUCAUACCACGAUAUCUGCCGAUUA